UUCUCUUUGUCAGAGGACCGACUUCCGUUUUCAUGUUUGGUCCAGAUUUCUGGAAUUUACUAUCUUGUGAGGCUGAGCUCUCUGUCACUUUUAUUAACAGUAGCAGUGAUUUAGUGUUUUCGUGACGGAGCUAGUCAAAGGUCCUCCAUUUCAGCCUGACAAGAGUUUGAAUCCGUCAUCCUAUUUCAUCCUCGAAAAACACGACUGUUUACCUAGCUAGCUGGCUAGCAUAAGCCAGCUGAGUUAAAUCACCUAGCAUGUUUCGGUUCUUGAAUGACGUUGAUGACGACCCCUACAUGAUGGAUCCAUUUGCAGCUCACAGACAGCAGAUGAGGGCUCUGUUUGGACCAUUUGGCAUGGACCCCUUUGCCCUCGCCCCCCAGAUGCAGCCACAUCGUGCACCACGCAGACAGGCUGGUCCAUUGGCCCCGUUUGGCAUGAUGGGAAUGGGCGGAGGGUUCAUGGAUAUGUUUGGAAUGAUGGGAGAAAUAAUGGGAAAUAUGGAAAGAAUGUCCGGUUCACCAAACUGUCAGACGUUUUCCUCUUCAACAGUGAUCUCCUACUCCUCCUCAGACUCAGGGGCUCCUGAAGUUUAUCAGCAGACCAGUGAAACAAGAACAGGCCCAGGAGGGAUCCGUGAGACACGGCAGUCCAUGAGGGACAGCGAGAGCGGCGUCGAGCGUCUUGCCAUCGGCCACCACAUUGGGGAUCGUGCACACAUAAUGGAACGUUCACGAAAUCGCCGCACUGGAGACCGCGAGGAACGACAAGACUUCAUUAACCUUGAUGAGAAUGACGCUGCAGCGUUUGAUGAGGAGUGGAGGAGGGAAGCAGGAAGAUAUGUUUCCCCGAAUGCCCGGGCGAUUGAAUACGGCCGAGAUCGACGGGCAGGAGGCCAGCAGCUGGCCCUUACUGCUCCUCCCAGCUCAACGUCCCCACCAGGCCAUCGGCAUGAGUCACCCAGACACCGUCAGCCCCACACCCGUCCACGUUACGACUGGUGAGAGGUAUCACACUUGGACCACCAGACGGAAGGAGUUGAGGGAAGAUUUCCCCGAUGCUGUGAACCACGCUAAAGACGGAAGUUGAGGAUCAUCACAAUUGCCCGUCGUAAAUGUUUGAUAUGACUGGACUGUCUUUCCAUGAACAACAUGCAGUGGGGGACAGAAGUAUUCAACACGUUAACAUGUUUUUCCUUAAACAUUUUUACAAUGCAGCUCUUCACAUCAAAGUGAGAGCAGACAUUGGUAUUAACUCAGUAAAGCUGCACAUGUACAGAAAUCCUAACAAUCUAAUCCAUAAGAAACGUGACAAAUGACAGCUUGGUCACAUGAUUUGUUUACUUGUAUUCAGAGGUACUAACCUACCGACAUCACUGACCAUCUAAUUAGCACACACUAUAGUGCUUUUUCUUACUGUGUUUAAUACUUUUUUCCUCAGUCAUUCCACUUUAUUCUGCAUACGUGAAUGUUAGGAUUUCUUUAUCUGUGUAGUUUUAUUGGGUUAAAACCAAUAUCUGGUCUUCAUUUUGUGUGAAUAGCUGCAUUAGAAAUAUGUUUAAUGAAGAAAAUGUUGACAUAUUGAAUACUUAUUUCCCCACUGCACACACACAUAUACAUACACACACACACACACUUGAUAGUUACAUUUACAGUUCUUCUCUACUGUUCCACUCAACAGACACACACACACACACACACACACACACACAGCGGCACCCUUGUCUAAACAUGGGUAUAACUGCACUCACUUUAUAUAUACUCAUUCUCAAAACUUGACAUGUGUUUUCACCCACUGCACUCAAGUGCUACAGUAUACAGUACAUCUGCUGUACAGUCCGUUUUAUGUUUGUGAAGACACUAGUGUGUCAGUGAAUUGAAUUGUAUACUGUUAACUAAUUAACUAAAUAAAAGUUCAUUAAACAUUGUUAGAUAAU